AUGCUCUUCCAACUCCGCCCCUGGAGGCUGGUCUCUGCGCUGCCCAUAGUGCUUGUCUUGCUCGUGGCCGGCUUCGUGCUGACGCGGCUGGUCGGGUUCUUGCACAUCUUUGGGGUGCUCCAGCCGCACUCGGGAGUCCGAAUCACGCAGGGAGAGAUCGAGCUCGAGCACAACCGAGGUCGGGACCCCAGCGACAAGCCCGUCGUGCCCCGGAUAACUCACCAAAUCUUCCACGCCUGGAAGCACCCUGGAAACGACACUUUGCCGGACCACUGGGCGCACGCCCGUGAGAGUUGUCGAUUGCACAACCCGGACUGGGAACACAAGAUCUGGUAUACAGAAAACUCGCGCGAGUUUCUGCGGGACAACUACCCAUGGUUCCUGCCGACAUAUGACGGUUACAAGUUCCCCAUCCAGAGGAUAGACGUGCUUCGGUACUUUUUGCUGCGGCACUAUGGAGGGAUCUACCUCGACCUAGAUAAUGGCUGCGCGGCGAGCCUAGAUGCCCUCACCUACUACCCCGCCUUCACGACCGACGGCGGCCACGGCGCGCUGAGCAACAACAUCAUGGGCGGACAACCGGGGCACCCGUUCUUCCACCUGCUGACCGAGAACCUGCCUGCUUGGGACUGGAACUGGCUGCUGCCGUACGUCAUCAUCAGCUACUGCAGCGGGCAGUGGUUCGUGACGGCCAUGUGGGAGCGGUACCACCAGCUGCUGCAGCUGACGCCCGGGUCCGGCGGCGGCUCCGUCUCGGGUCUCGAGUCCCUCGGGCGCGGCUGGCGGCCCCUCCACCACGUGCUCAUGGACAUGCGGGAGGGCGCCGAUCCCUGGGUCUACUUCACGCAGGUCCGCGGCGGGACCUGGUCCAACUGGGACAGCGACAUCUUCCCCUGGAUCGGGGACCACAUCCCCGAGAUCGCCGGCGCCGUCGCCUUGACCUCGGGCCUCGUGGCUUGGUUUUGCGUGUGGAUGGUCAGGAGGCGGAGGACGCGCGACAGGGGCAAGGGGUACCUGCCGUUGGCCGUCGAGGAGCACGCCCUGGCUUCAAGGAGUUGA